AACUCAUGAUUUAAAAAAAAAAUGGCUGCCUCCAUGUUGUCAACAAGAAAUUUGUGCCGAUUCAUAAAUUUUCGAAACAGAACUAAGCUCGUGUCAUUUAUGUGUUCAUCUACAAGUUCAGACGACCCUCCAACAACACAGCAAACAGACAACCAAUCAGAAGAUAACCAACAUGUUCAUAAAGUUGUCCAAGCUUUCGAAAAACUAGACAAAAUCGCCCACGACGUGAAGGUCGAAGAUGUACCAAUUAAACAAGAAAAACGAGUUAACCCAAAUGAAAGCUUUGCUUCCUUGCUAAGAAAAUCAAAAUUAUUACAGAUUGGUAAACCUGCAGGAAAAGUUGUAACUGGAAAAAUAAUUGAAGUGCAGGAUGCAGAUUUGUAUAUUGACUUUGGAGGAAAGUUCCAUUGUGUUUGUCCUAAACCAGCAGUCAAGCCAGAAUUAUACCACAGAGGAGUUAAAGUGAAAUUAGUACUCAAGGAUUUAGAAAUGUCAUCAUCUUUUCUUGGUUCAGAAAAACAUUUAACUUUGUUAGAAGCUGACGCUGUAUUAUUAGGAUUGUUAGACAAACAAGAAAAUAGCAGUUUAAAGAAAUGAUAUUACUACCUAA